CCUCGCUUAAUUUGUGUUAAAACCCCGCGGGAGGAGCGCUUAUCAACAACGGUGGCGAGCAUUCUUUAAUUACCGUAACUCGUGCUAAUUCGACACAGUUGCGUUUAGUUUGUCAACGCUGGUAGUAAAGCGACCGCAGUAUACAGCAGUUUUUAAGCGAGAAUUUUCGUCCAGUUACCCGAAAAGUCCCGUAUACGGUGGACAGGUGCCUGUUACCGUCCAGGAAUAAACAAACAGGCAUGUGUAAGCAUAAGCCACAAUCUUACUGCUAUGUUUACCAAUCGUAAAAAGGCAAGUUCUCAAAACCCACUACGUCACCUUUAGAUAGUAGAAUUUGAACUCUGUUUUUUUUCAGUCUCAUUUCAGCUGAUUCUGGGUCCGUGUAUUUCUUGUAUGUAGGGAACAUUGUAGCUGUUAAUAUCUGUGCUUAAAAUGACAACGACGAUGGAUAUGGUUUCGCUAAAUCUGACGGUCAGUACAAUGGCAACAAUACAAGACGAUAACUUCCCUUCUUACACGUCCAACAUUGUGAUUUCUGGCGUCAUCGGUACAUUACUUCUAAUCGGGGCUCUUGGCAGCUUUUCCACGAUGCUCGUAAUUCUCAUCAAUAGAAGUUUACAUACUAAAGCAAAUUUCUUCAUAUUCAGUCUCUGUGUCUCGGACCUCAUCUCUGCAUUCGUGUGUUCCCCACUAUGGUUGUAUAGGAGGACAUGGGGGUUUGAUAGAUGGCAAUGGGGAGAGUUUCUAUGUAAAUUUUACUGGGUCGUGGAUUACGCUACUAACUACGUUACGUCGAUGCAUAUCGUCGCUUUUGCUAUUUUGCGCUUUGUUGCCAUCAAGCGGCCGUUUUUAGCAAUGAAGAUCUCAAAACGAACAACGUUGGUUUUCAUUUGCGUGCUCUGGGUGGUAGCUAUCUUAUCAGCGUUGCCGCUUUACUUUUUAAUGGGGGUGGACUUUGAAAGAUCGUCCCGAGACGUGGGUAGUGCAUGGCCGUCAUGCUCCAUCGACAGCAGAGAUGGAUGCUGUACCAAUCAAUACAAGAUAUACAUCGACAUCUUAAAUUCGCUCAUGUUUUUUGUCCCCGACAUCUUGCUCAUUGUUAUUUCGCUGAUGAUCGCAAGGUCUUUAAUAGCACGAGACAGGUUUCUGCAGCGUUAUACCUCUAGCGUGCGUUCCAACAAAGCAGUGCUGAAGGAACAGGUCUCUAAAGUCUCCACAAUAUCCUCAAGCAACUUUAACAUCCCUGACUUAAUAACCAACCACUCUGCCGUAGCUGAUGCAACCAGUAUUACGGACAGUGACAUUGAGAAGGCAGACACCAGCGAUGCGCGAUGUCACCAGCAAGUAACUGACGUGUCUUACAGCAACAGCAGCCGAAGAAGGCCAGUUCAGCAGCCUGAAAACGACAUGUUAAUGUACCAUGAGAUAGGUACCUUUGUCCAACUUGGUUUAAUCGUAGUUUGCUUUAUGAUUGGGUAUUUGCCUCAAACUGUGUACCUAAUGUAUUCAACGAACACUCCAAAAGAGUUGAACACGUACUACAGCGAUUACUGGUUCGGUGUUUUUUCCUACCUAUGCGUACGCCUGAGCGAAUGCAUGAACCCUGUUAUGUAUAAUAUGGGCUCCAGUAAUAUUAGAGGCGAAACUGUCAAACUUUGGCGGAAGGUGUUUUGUUGUAAUUGACACCAAGAGAAUCUUGUGUGUGACCCAUGACCUAUACUUAAUGUAUUGGGUAGGCCAUGUGUGACCAUACUCACACUACAGAUACACGGUACAAACCUACACGUUACAAGUUAAACUAUAUUUAAGCUGCUUUGCAAAAGUCAAUACCUAUCUUUCCUUUCUGUAAAAUUCAAAAUUUUCUUUAAUUAUUGAUACAUUUUAUAUAUCACCAAUUGUCCGAAAUACGACAUCCCAAAUUAAAUUUUACGACUCGGUAAAUAUUUUUACACGUUUUGUUUGCACAAGUUUAUGGUCUUCUUCAUAAAACACAACAUGUAAUAACACCAGCCUUUAUAGCCCUUGUAUUCCGUUAUGUAAAUGCCACUGUUAACUAAAAAAGUUCAGGGUAAUCAAUUUCAUGUUUCCUUUCUUUUAUAUAGGUACGACAAUAUAAUACGGUGGGGUAAGAUGGGUUACUGUUAGCACCUAAAGCCCAUAUUUUCCGAUCCGGUAUAAAACAAUUUAACAAGGCUCUUUUUGAAGCGUGAUGUCAUAGUUAAAUAAUUUUGGAAAUAUUCUUUGUUUACUAACAAAAGAGAUGACUGUCUCAUGUUACCCUACGGUAUUAUGUGUAAAUAAUAUAGUAGGGUGGGGGAAGACGGGACACCUUUAGUAGCCUACAUAAUAUCUAAAUAUUCUGACCGAGUUUUUAUUCAAAUAACAACGGUCUG